AGCGCGGACCUCCAUCCAUCCACCAAGUGCGCAGUUUGGCGCGUACCGGCGAAUAAAAAUAGGCCGAAAAUCGCGCCUCUUUUUCGGCCAUCUCGCACUUCUAAUCGAGUCGGGAUAGCAGGCACUCCGUUCCGGAUCCCAUCCCGACAAUCUUAACUUAUCCUUCGCUUUAGAGCUCCACUCCGAUCCAGUCUUCCCAGUCUUGCCAGUCUUGUCCACGACUCUAGCAGAUCCAAAAGAAGGCCUUGAAGUAGUCGCACGUACAGUACACAUACUCAUCUAUCCAGAGGGGCUACUAUCGCAAUCAGCUGCCAAUAUCUGGCUACAAAACCCAUGCUGUUCUACGACCGAAACUGAACACAAAAACAAGACGGUCCAGCCUGUACAACAACUACAAAUCGACCUCGGGUCCGACCAGAAGUGGAUCGUGUCCAUAGCGUGCCACCAAUAGUGGGGCUUCAUGGCUGAAGGUGGACCCGACGAGAGGACCCCGUUGAUCCCGGGUGGUGAUUCCAUUGCAGGCGAUGUCCAUAUCGGAGCUCACUCGUACACCACUUCAGGUGGAAAUAACCUUUUCCUCAGCCCUGGCGGGAGAAGUCUGGUGUACACGGCCAUGGCCGGUCAACAACGUCGUGACCAGAUUUCCAGAGGCCAAGGAUCCGGACGGAUGAUCCCCAUUAAUAGGAAUCGAUCGCGUGGCGAUGAUGAGGAUCCUCUUCGUGAUGUUCGUGCCGAGAUGCCGUAUAACUCGUUGGUCGAACACAUUCCCGAUGACUCUGAAAAUGUGUAUGCUGUUAGAACUGCAGCGCACACCCAAUCUCAUCGUGAACGGUACUACUCGAGACUCCAGAAUCUUAUAAUCAAUGCUUUUGGCGUCGAGUAUAACGCCCAUCGAGAAAAUAUGAGCUCGUCAAAUGGCCAGGCGCCAACCGCCGAACCUCGGGAUCAAGCAAAUCAGGGGGAAGAAGGUGGCGAUCCUGAAAAUCAACCGCAUCAUGCCUCAACCCAGCAGACCCCAUUGCCUUUUGGGGUUAAACCCGAUCACUUGGUCCCAGCUAAAAUGUUCGAACUUCACGUACCAAUAUUGUACCAAGCGGGAGCUGAAGAGUCCAGCGAUGCCGAAGCUCAGAGCGACAUCGAAGUGCAAUCACCCCCGGGUCGGUUUGACAGUUUCAUCCAAAGCGCUAUUACCAUUGGGGCUAUUUGGAACACCAUGAUUGGAACCUCGCUCCUGGCCAUGCCUUGGGCCAUGGAGUUGUCCGGGUACAUUCUUGGACCCUUGGUUUCUUGCAUUGUGGGCUUCUUUGCCUCGUUCACGGCCACUAGAAUCCUAGUUGUCAACACUGGAGGCGUUGAUCGGAAUCCCGCUUUCGAGUUUGCGGAAUUAUGCGGGCAAAUGUUGGGACCCGCUUAUGAGCCGAUCGUGGGAAUCUGCUCGCUUGGCGCUGUCUUGGGUGCUGCCAUCGUCUACUGGGUUCUGAUGUCGAACUUCUUGUAUAGCUCGGUCGUUUUAGCCUAUGAUAAAAUCACCGGAGCCAUGCAUGGACAUCCCGAGCAAUACGCUUUGAUCUGCGCCAUCUCGCCGGAUCGAAAUGCAACUGAAAUUGCGAACCCUUCUCAGGGCAAUAGCGGAUAUCCAAUCUAUCCGAUGCCCCCUUUUGUUGGACCACUCCCAGCAGUUUUUCCCGACCCCGAGGCCUCGAGUUUCUUUGACACAUAUUGGACCCAUAAGAGCGUUGCAUUUUAUUUGUCGGGUGGAGUCCUUCCCUUGAUCACGUGGGCCAAACCUGGAUUCCUCCAGAAGUUCAACUGCAUCGGGACCUUGAACAUCUUUGUUCUUAUUGGUGUGGUCAUCUACUUCGCGUCGGAAUGGGGUAUCAACGUGGAAUUCCACGAUAUUGCCUCUCCCAUGUACAUUCCUUGGGGCUCUGGAACCGUAUAUUGUCUCUCCGGAACCCUGUCCAUGGGCAUGUUUAUCCACAAUGCCAUCAUUACCAUCACGUCUAGACAAGGUGCUAGAAAAGAGAAUAACGUGCGUGACACAAAGAUCGCUUUCGCCUUGGUGCUGAUUUCUUAUCUUCUGAUUGGCGUACUCUUUUACUUGUCCUUCCCUUUGCCCAAGAACUGCAUUGCUGACAACUUCUUGAAUAACUUCCACACCAACAACCCGAUCAUGGCCGUAUGUCGGGUGUUCCUCCUGUUCCAGUUGGUGACCGUGUUCCCCAUCAUCAUGUUGAUCUUGCGGAAUCAGGUGCUUUCGUUGAUGCCAACUGUCUCUCAGGACAAUAACACUCUCAUUACCUUCAUCAAUGUAUCGACUUGCGGGUUCUGCGUGUUCAUCGCCAUCAUCUAUCCGAACAUUGGCAAUAUCAUCCGAUAUUCAGGAGCCGCUUGUGGCAUGAUCAUGAUGUUCGUGGCACCCUGUCUGUGCCAUAUGAUGUACAUGAGAGAGGAAUCUCAAGUUCACCCAAUGGCUAUAAUUCUUGAGGUGAUCAUCAUUUGCGCCGGGGUAUUGAAUUUCGUGGCCCAAUUCCUGCCCUUGAGUUGGUUUGGCUAAUCUUUUCGUGGAUCGUCUUGGCUAACCAUUCUGAUAGAGUAAUAUCUCUACAAACAAAAUUCAUUCUGACCAACUUGUUAUGGCAUUCCUUCUUUUUGUACGUGGAAAAAACCAAUGAUUGUGUAAAUAUUUCAAGAAUGCUUUGUAUAUACAUUGAUGGUGGCCCUUGGGAUUGAUGUAAAUAUUUGCACAAAACGUAACUUGCCUUUUUUGCCAUUGUCAGUCGACUUCGCCGAAUUGUGAUGUCGCCAAAGUGCCAUCCUUUUCAAUCAUGCCUUGUAAAUAUUGCCUGCUAUUUGUCAGUUAUGUAACAACACAAUUUGAAGACGUACAGCUAAAAUGGGAUGUGGAUGCAUAUCCGUUCUUGCCCAGCCAGCUCGAAAUUUAGCGUUGAAAAGACGUGUCAUCUGAAGUGAACAAAAGAAGAAAAAAUCGAAACAAAAAAAAAUCUUGAAAACGUUUAAAAGAAGAAAAAAAACUGUUGCCAUUGUCAUCUGUUUCAUAGAUUCAUGAAAUUACGUAUGAACAUGCUCCUUUACCCAUGAAAGUUCAGCAUCCGCAGAGCCGUCAUGCAUUGUUUGUGAUUGAUCCUUUAUUAAGCUUCUAAAUACGAGUACUCGCAAUUCCUGCCCUCCCGACCUGUCAGAAAUGUCACACUUUUGUCAGUUGUCUUGAGUUUUCAUAAAUAUCAUCAAAACUGAUGUUUGCAUUUUUGUACCAAUUUUGUACAUAGAGAAAAUGUAAGGAAGUAGAAAAAAACUGAAAUAAACGCCCUUGAGCUCCAAA